GCAAGCAGCAGUCAGCCGGUGGAAAGAACGAGAGCCGAGUCGCGCUUAAGGAAGGAACGGCUGCGGAUCUUUCCCGUUACAAACGGAGAUAACACACACACACACACACACACACACACACAAGACACGGACGACACGGACACUGAGUGAAACAAACAAACGGACAGUUGAGGUUCUCCAAAAAAACGUAUACUAUAGUCCCAACAUACAAAAAAACACACAUUUCCACGUUGAAACCUAAACCGAACGAAAGCGAUGGCUGACUCCGGAGCGAACAGCAACAGCGACGGAGAGGAAAAACCGCUGCGGGGAUUCGCGCGUCAGGGCGCCCUCCGACAGAAGAACGUGCACGAAGUCAAGGACCACAAGUUCAUCGCUCGCUUCUUCAAGCAGCCAACCUUCUGCAGCCACUGCACCGACUUCAUCUGGGGAUUUGGCAAGCAGGGAUUCCAGUGUCAAGUGUGUUGUUUCGUGGUCCAUAAGCGUUGCCAUGAGUUCGUCACCUUCCAGUGUCCUGGUGCAGAUAAAGGUCCUGAUUCAGACGACCCGAGGAGUAAACACAGGUUUAAGGUCCACACCUACUCCAGCCCGACGUUCUGUGACCACUGUGGAUCCCUACUCUACGGGCUGCUACACCAGGGCAUGAGAUGUGACCACUGUAUGAUGAACAUCCAUAAGCGGUGUGUGGCCAACGUUCCCAGUCUGUGUGGAACAGAUCACACUGAGAGGAGAGGACGCAUCCAGAUCACAGCAGCUAUCAAGGACAACAAACUCACUGUCACCAUCCAUGAAGCCUGUAACCUGGUCCCUAUGGACCCAAACGGCCUGUCUGACCCCUACGUGAAGCUCAAACUCAUCCCCGACCCCAAGAGUGACACCAAGCAGAAGACCAAGACCAUCAAGGGCAACCUCAACCCCACCUGGAACGAAACCUUCAAAUUUCCCCUGAAGGAUGCUGAUAAGGACCGGCGUCUGUCGGUGGAGAUCUGGGACUGGGAUAUGACCAGCAGGAACGACUUCAUGGGAGCGCUGUCCUUCGGCAUCUCAGAGCUCCAGAAACAAGGAGUGGAUGGAUGGUUUAAGUUGUUAUCUCAGGAGGAAGGAGAGUACUUCAACGUUCCAGUCCCUCCUGAGGGUGAGGAGGGCAACGAAGAGCUGCGGCAGAAGUUUGAGAGGGCUCGGAUCGGUCCGAGCACCAAGAGCACAGAAGGUUCCGCGGCCAAGUUCGACUCCAACGGGAACAGAGACCGCAUGAAGCUGUCUGACUUUAACUUCCUGAUCGUGCUGGGCAAGGGAAGCUUCGGAAAGGUGAUGCUAGCAGAACAUAAGAACAGAGAGGAGCUGUAUGCCAUAAAGAUCCUGAAGAAGGAUGUAGUGAUCCAGGAUGAUGAUGUGGAAUGUACCAUGGUGGAGAAGAGAGUCCUGGCGUUGUCCGGGAAACCUCCCUUCCUCACUCAGCUGCACUCCUGCUUCCAGACCAUGGACAGGUUAUAUUUUGUGAUGGAGUAUAUCAACGGAGGAGACCUCAUGUAUCAGAUCCAGCAUGUCGGCAAGUUUAAGGAACCUCACGCUGUGUUCUACGCAGCAGAGAUUGCCAUAGGUCUGUUCUUCCUUCAUCUGAAAGGAAUCAUUUACAGGGAUCUGAAGCUGGACAACGUGAUGCUGGACGCAGAGGGACACAUUAAGAUAGCGGACUUUGGGAUGUGCAAAGAGAACAUGUUGGACGGUGUCACCACCAAGACCUUCUGUGGAACCCCAGACUACAUCGCUCCUGAGAUCAUAGCGUACCAGCCCUAUGGGAAGUCAGUGGACUGGUGGGCCUUUGGAGUUCUACUGUAUGAGAUGCUGGCUGGACAGCCUCCCUUCGACGGUGAGGAUGAGGAUGAGUUGUUCCAGUCCAUCAUGGAGCAUCACGUCUCCUACCCCAAGUCCAUGUCCAAGGAAGCUGUCGCCAUCUGCAAAGGGUUGAUGACUAAGCACCCUGGGAAGCGUCUGGGCUGUGGUCCUGAGGGGGAGCGAGACAUCAGGGACCACGGGUUCUUCCGCUAUAUGGACUGGGACAAACUGGAGAACAAGGAAGUGCAACCGCCAUUCAAACCCAAAGCUAAGAAUAGCAAGGACACGUGUAACUUUGAUAAGGAGUUCACUAAGAUGCCGGUGGAUCUGACUCCAACAGAUAAACUGUUUAUAAUGAACCUGGACCAAGACGAGUUCCUGGGAUUCUCCUACACCAACCCUGAAUACCCCUCUGAUGAGGCGACUGGGGAGGAAGAGGAGGAUGGACAGAGUUAAAACACACACACACACACACCCUGAAUACCCCUCUGACGAGGCGACUGGGGAGGAAGAGGAGGAUGGACAGAGCUAAAACACACACACACACACCUGAACACACACAAACACACAUACAGUAAUAGACACACACACCAACCCUGAAUACCCCUCUGACGAGGCGACUGAGGAGGAGGAGGAAAAGGAGGGGAUGAGGAAGAGGAAGAGGAGGAGGAUG